AUGUCAUUAUUAACAAUUCAUAAUUGUGCUAAUAUGUCCACUGUUGAUUUGCGUGAGCGUCGUCGUCAAAAAAUUCUGCAGAAUGCUGAAAAGCGAUUGUCGACAAUACUUAAGGGACCUGAUGGGAGUGAAAAUCGUCAAGCACCUUGUAUGGACGGAUUUGCUUCAUUGAACGACGAGGAGAGAUCAGAAGGAGAUGUGGAAAAACACGAGGAUGUUCAGACCAUUAAUCUUCCGAUUGUCAAACCAAAUCAUUUUGGAUUUGUAGACCAAAAUAGAUUUUGGAUAAUGAUAGCUCUUGGCCUUUUCUUUCGUUUAGCCGUAAUGUUUGAAUUGCUCAAUUAUGUAUUUUUAUCUUUUACAACAAUUUUCUUUUCAUGGGAAUUGCUUGUUACAUUCACUAAUAGAACGAUGUUUAGGAGAUAUCCAAAGAAUGAUUUUUUGGUGAAUAUGUUAAUGGUUACAGGACUUAAUGAGAGACUAGUUGUAUGGACUCAAUUUAUUUUCAAUCUGCUUUUGGAAUUUACAAUGGAUGCAUGUGUUAUGUCAUUCUCUUUCAUAUGCUUCCAUUUAUUAUUUAUUACUUGCAAAUAUUUGACUGAAUCUGGUUGUUGUUCAUAA